UGGUACUGCGCCACAUAUUUUCUCCUGGAAGCGUUCGUGUUCGUGUACAAAGUGCUGCUCCUGCCCUAUCCCGUCUCCAACUUGGUGCUGGACGUGGUGCUGCUCCUCCUCUACCUCGGCAUUGAGGCCACACGCAUCUUCUUCGGCUCCAAGGGGAACCUGUGCCAGCGGAAGGUGCCGCUGUCCCUCAGCCUGGCACUUACAGUGCCGGCAGCCGCGCUGGCCGUGUACUACCUGCUGCUCCAGACAUAUUCCCUGCGCCUGGAAGCGUUCCUGAGCGCCAUCCUGCUCCUCUUCUACGGCCUGGAGCUGCUCCUGGGCGUCCUGGCGCUCCUCUCCUUCUCCAGGUGCUGCAUCCCAGGAACUGGGGGAGCCGGCGCGGGAGCUGCCAGGAAGGCAACAGGAGCUCUGUGUAAAAGACUGACAACGUCAUCUGAGUUUAUUACACAAUUCCAACCUAUCCAAAGACAAAUCUAAUCACUGCGAGCA